UACAGACUAACCUACCACAGGGUGUAUAAUGUUAACACUUAAACAGGUGAUGUUUGGCCUUCGAUCAUUGAUGUACAUUAUCAAGCAAGUGUCCAAAUAUCUGGACCUGACAAUUAUUUACACAGAUCCUCUGUGAUUUAUGAACUAAAAUGUAUAACUUGGUCAGAGCAUGAUAAAUCUGAUGAAAUGUUUCAAAAAGGGUCAGCAUUUAGGGGAUAGUACGUUGUUUUGAGUGGCUAUACUGGCAAUUAGAAUAUGAAAUUUGGUUUGAACUCGAGACCGAUUGGAUCAGCAUUAAAAAGAAUAGUGAUAGUCUGGAAAGAGGAAUCACAACUAUAAUUUUACUUGACCUUAGGUUGUAUAUUUUUAUGUUUGUCUGAAGAUUGUAUUUACUGCACUUUUAAGAAAUUUGUUCACAGUUGAAGUUGAUCCAUUUGAAGUCAUCCUGGAGAAGAUUGGAUGUGGCCAUCUCACGCAAUCGUUCAAGGAUGACAUGAGGUCUUAUGGCAGAGAUAUGUGGGAAAAUUUUUCAGGGUCAGGAAGGGCAGAACUUUUUUCGGCAUGACCUUGAAAAAUUAUCUCAAGGAUUCUAUGAACUGUCAGGCAAACUGGUUGCCUUUUCCCUCCUCCAUGGUGGGCCAAGUAUACCAGUUCUCCAUCCAGCUGUUGCAAAUGUUGUGUUAGAUGGAGAUGUUGCUAUGGAGACAGAAACAUUGCCCUUGUUGGAGGAUUGUAUCUUCGACUGGGAAACCAGAGAGAAAUUAAUUCUGUUGCAGAAUACACUUGAUGAAAAGCAGUACCACAAUCAACUGGAUAAAAUCAGUGACUGGUGCUUGGAACAGAGUUUGUCUAUCUCUAAUUUUAGACAUUUUGAGAAAAAACAACAACUAAUGGACAUCCUAAAAAAAAUGAAAUUUUCUACCGAGUCCAGUCAGAAUUUUUUCAGUUCAGGAAUGGAUUGAACAAAGUGGGAAGACUGCUAGAUGCAGUCCAACUGGCCUCAAAGUCUUUUCUUCAUCUCUUCACCCAGACCAGCAAAGCUCUACGGUUCAGAGACAUCGGGGAGCUUUAUAAGGUGAACUGGAGUCCUGAUGGAUCCAACAAUAAGAGGCAGGAGGAAAAGGCUUUGUAUUGUCUAGAAGCUUUUCUUGCCUAUUCAGAAGGGGGAUCCACAGGGAUUUCAUUAGACGAGGUGUUAUCCUUUUGGACUGGAGCAGCAAGCAUUCCUCCACUAGGAUUUGAAAAAUCUCUGGAAGUGUCCUUUGGAAGCACUAAACAAUUUCCAACAGCCCACACCUGUGCCCUUAUAUUAACAAUAUGGCGUUGUUUCGAUGAUCCUGACGAGUUUCAGGAUACAAUUACAAAAGCAAUAAAAUGGGCAGGAGGUUUUAAUCGUUUGACAAUCAAAACAUUUUCAUGACAGCAAAGUUUCUUAGAUUUUAAAAUUGUGUUCAAGGCUUUCAUUGCAUGUUGUGCCAAUUUUUUUAGAUCUAUAGCAGCUAACCUCAAGUGAAGAACAUUUAUUUAGGCCCCUGCCGGUGAAACUGGAGAUCAAUGUAUUUGUCUCCGUCGUCUGUCUGUUUGUCCGGAAGUUGGCUUCCUGGCAAAACUUGAGUGAGAAGUGAUGAAUGAUACAAAGUGGGAUUGAAUCUGUGGUCAAAAUGUCAACUAUGAGAUCACUGUUACUGAAUAGACUUACUACUUAAUAGAUAUGUAUGGUCAAAUUGAUAACCUCAAUAUUAGUCGUCUGAUUAAUAUUUUGUAAUGGCAUUAAGGGAAUUAUGAAGCAAAGUUUAUAAGAAACAAAUUGAGAACCAACUGACCUGUGGUCAUGUAAAGGUGAAGGUCACUGGUUCAAGAUUAGAUUUCGCAUUUUGUGGAAGAUAAGAUUUUAAGACAUGAAGAAAAGUAUGUCAGAAUGACACAAUAAGUCAACUAACCUAGGGUCAACAAGUGUUAUAACCUGUUGGUUGAAUCCCUCUACCCAACAUUAAAUUAGGAGACAAAUGUGUAUAGUUUGCAAUCUGAUUUCGCAUGUUGUCAUUUUCCAUAAGCUUUUCCUUUAAAAAUAGCUUUUAAAUCAUGGACUCAUUUCAAUUUAAUCAAAUGCGAUUGCGCAACAGAUCCAGUUUAUAUUACACACAUUAGGUUCAACGUGGUAAGACUGGAUAUAAUUUCAAUUACAUGCUAUUUUCAAUGAUUUAGAGAAUUUUACUGACAAUUUCAUUUGAUUCCAAUGCAGUGUCUUCAGUUGUUUACAAGAAAGGAUGAACAUUAAUAUUCUGAGUGUUAGCUUCUUUCUUUGAUUGAUGUUCAAAUCAAAUAAAAAAUAAAUUUGGAA